AUGCAGCUGACACAAAACAAUGACAUGAUGACCUCCUUGAAGCACUGUAAACUUGACAUCGACCUUGAGAUUUGUUAUGUUUUUCUCAGAGGUGUUUAUGUGUUUUGGGUUUUCACCUUUCAGGAAACCGAUCCGAUAGACAUUUUAUGGCUUCAGGAUAUUGACCUUGGAGCUGGGCGAGAAGAUUUUGAGAGUCGCCAGCAUCUCAAAGACCAUGAGGAAGUUUGGGAAUCCUUGGGUGAUAACUCAGAAAGUGAAGAAGUGGAACACAGGCUGCAAGUGGAUGGGGAGACUGGAGAGAAUGUACCUCAAGAGGGUCAGACUGCUAUGUCAUUGGCAGAAUGCCUGAGUCUCCUGGAUGACACUUUUCAGUUUGAUUCUCCAGAGUUUCCAGCUCCUGACCCAACAAAUAUAUUGGAUACAGAGCCAGACCAGACAGAUUUACAACAAACAGAUGGCUUGCUGUCCCCAUUUCUCCCAGAUAUUGAGACCCCUCUGGACUUGGAGGAGCAAUGGCAGGACCUAAUGUCACUCAUGGAUAUGCAGCCCAUGGACAUGAACAGUUCAGCUGAGGACCCCUUGUAUCUGAGCAUGGACCCAUCACUCCAGCAGAAUGAAGACAUCCACCAAACCGCUUUUCAGGGUUGUUCUCAAAAUAUGUCUCUCUACAGUCCCACCAUAGAGAAUUUUCCUAUCCCUGAAUCCCCACUGCUUCAGCUCUCCUCUCAUAACUCCACUGACCUGAAUUCCACUUUUGGUUUUACAAAUUUUUCUGGAAUUCUGUUUCCUUCACUGCAAAAUAGUACAGCUAAUGUAACAGCCACUAAUGUCCUGCAAGAUCCACUUAGUGGAAUCUUGGAUGAAGCUUUGCUGGAUGAAAUUAGCCUUAUGGAGCUAGCAAUGGAGGAAGGAUUCAGCCAAAUGCAAGCCUCACAGCUUAAAGAAGAACUAGAUUCAGAUUCUGGUCUAUCUCUGGAUUCUCACCGUAGUCCAGUGUCUCCUAGUGGGUCUGAGACAUCAUCUUCCUCUUCUUCCUGCUCAUCCUCUUCCUCUUUCUCUGAAGAAGGAGCAGUAGGAUACAGUUCUGAUUCUGAGAUGGUGGAGCCUGAGGAGUCAGAAGAAUCCAUUGAUUACCAGCCGGAAUACAGCAAGUUCUGCCGAAUGAGCUCUGAGGACCCUAGCCGAUUUCAGCGCUUGCUAUUUCUUGAGCAUGUUGGGCACAAUCAUACUUACAAUAUGGUUCCUGAAGAGCCAGAGGAGCAACCGCAACCUGCAGUGGCAAGAGGCAACAGAAGAACUUCAGGGUUUGAAGACAGUCAAGCAGGAAGAGAUGAGCAAAGGGCAAGAGCUAUGAAAAUUCCUUUUAGUAAUGAUAAGAUUAUUAACAUGCCUGUAGAGGAAUUUAAUGAGCUGCUGACCAAGUACCAACUUACUGAGGCACAGCUUUGCUUAGUGCGAGAUAUUCGCAGGCGAGGAAAGAACAAGAUGGCAGCUCAGAACUGCCGCAAGAGAAAACUGGACACAAUUUUGAACCUGGAACAAGAGGUGAAGCGUUUAAGUCGACAACGUAACUCUCAGUUAAGAGAAAAAGGAGAAAACUUGAGAUCACUCCAGAGAAUGAAGCAGGAAGUAGAAAGCCUUUAUCAGGAAGUGUUUAGCCAGCUUAGAGAUCAGGAAGGGCGGCCAUACUCUCCUCAAGGAUAUGCCUUACACUACACCAACAAUGACAACAUAGUACUCAUGCCACGCAAUGCAGAGGGCCAACAAAGCCGACGUUCAGAGAGGAAGGACCGGAGGAAGUGAUGUAUCUGUAUUUGAACUCUGGAAUCUUACAGGACAGCGGGUGUGGGCUGUGCUUUCAUUCAGGCCUUUGUAUCAAACCUUUCACAUAAGACUGACCCCAUUAAGUGAUGAGGUAGAUGUCGACACAUAUUGAGGGCCAAGGGCUUUGUCCUGUCUGUAUCUGAGCCCUAGUCUGUCCAGGAAUGAGGAGGAGGCCAGCUGGGCCUGCGGACAGAAGAAUGCCCAGGCAACAUAAGCUUCAGCUGAUAAAGGGAGGUUGAAAACCAUUUUCCUUUUAGUUCUUGAUCCUAUAAUGUCUAAAAUUGUAGGUAACAAUGUCAGGAAUUGAAGAGUUAGUUUGCAUGGGAGCCCAGCUUGUCCUUCUGAAUGGACAUUUGGGCACAGUGGUGUAGGAUUGUCUCUGUAG